ACAGUACGGCACGGAACUACCUGCGCAGCCCACGCCUCUGCGCUCUUCGCGACUGGAUUCGUCGUCUCCCAUCGCACGGCCAUGGCGGCGGCUACCUUUCCCUCGUGCCCUAUUUUUCUGCGUCCUCGUCCGUUCGUGCGCUGAGGUGGAGUCCUCAAAGGCUUAUUAUUCAAUGCUUUCCUUUUCUUUUCCUUCGCGGAGUAUCAAUGAGAUUUAGUGAGCAGCCGCCUUCCUUCGUGAACUUUGAUUUUGGGGGAAGAAAAAGGAUCGGGAAGUUCUUCCGCCAAGAUGGGGGAUGUAGCUAGGGAUCUCGCUGCAGGAACUAUCGGAGGAAUAGCACAGUUGAUAGUAGGACAUCCUUUCGACACUAUCAAAGUCAAGCUCCAAAGCCAGCCAGCCCCACUUCCAGGCCGACCCCCAAAAUACUCCGGUGCCAUGGAUGCGGUGAAGCAAACAGUUGCUUCUGAAGGACCAAGGGGCUUGUACAAAGGGAUGGGUGUUCCGCUUGCAACUGUUGCAGCGUUCAACGCUGUUUUGUUCAGUGCAAGGGGCCAAAUGGAGGCGCUAUUGAGAUCGGAGCCAGGAGCUCCCCUAACAGUGAGUCAGCAAGGUGUUUGUGGUUUCGGGGCCGGCAUUGCAGUUUCUUUCCUAGCUUGUCCUACAGAAUUGACCAAGUGCAGGUUGCAAGCGCAGAGUGCUUUAGUAGUCUCAUCGGCUGCUUCGGUAGUGAAGUAUGCAGGGCCGAUGGAUGUGGCAAGGCAUGUCGUCCAUGAAGCCGGCUUUAAAGGCUUAUUCAAGGGCAUGGUUCCAACCAUGGCACGCGAACUUCCUGGGAACGCUGUUGUAUUUGGUGUCUAUGAAAGCCUCAAGCAGCACCUUGCGGGAGGCCUAGACACUUCAGGACUCAGCAAGGGUUCUUUGAUGCUUGCUGGGGGCCUCAGUGGCGCAUCCUUCUGGCUAUUUGUCUACCCGACUGAUGUUGUCAAGAGCGUUAUCCAGGUCGAUGACUACAAGAAACCAAAGUACUCUAGCUCCAUUGAUGCCUUCAGGAAAAUUCUAGCUUCGGAAGGAAUCAAGGGUCUAUACAGAGGCUUCGGACCAGCCAUGGCUCGAAGUGUUCCUGCAAAUGCAGUCUGUUUCUUGGCAUAUGAAAUGACCAGAUCGAGCCUCAGUUGAUCUCGUUGACAAGUCGCCCUAAUCUCAUCGAAAAGACAUGAUCGAAUGGAAGUUCAGAUUUAUGCUCCUCAGAGCUGCUUUAUUUUCUGCAUGCUUAUUUCUGCUAUUAGACAAGCAUUUUUCUUGCAGUAUGUUCUACUGAGCCAAUUUUGUGGUGGUUGGACUUGGUGUCAUUGAAUCGGAUGUUUUGAUCGGUUAAUUCAGAAAUUGAAGACAAUUCAAUCUCU